AUGGCCAAGUCCAAAAACCACAUCACGUACAACCAGUCCGGAAAACGGCACAGAAAUGGCAUCAAGAAGCCCCGAUCACAAAGAUACGAAUCUCUUAAGGAGGCGAACCCCAAGUUCCGGAGGAACAUGCGCUUUGCCAAGAAGCACGACGAGAAGGGCCUAAAGAAGAUGCAAGCCAAAAAUGCCAGGGCCAUGAAUGCACGGGCUGAGGUCAUCAAGGCCCUCCUAAAGCCCAAGGAGGUCAAGCCCAAGAUCCCAAAGGGCAGCAGCCGCAAGCUCAGUCGACUUGCCUACAUUGCCCACCCCAAGCUUGGGAACCGUGCUCGAGUGCGCAUCGCCAAGGGUCUCAGGCUCUGCUGGCCAAAGGCCAAGGCCAAAGCUCAAACCAAGGCCCCAGCCGCGCCUGCAGCUGCAGCUCCGCUUGCCCAGGCCCCCAUGAAGGCUCCAGAGCACAGGCCUCUGUCUGCCAAUGUGAGGAUGGAAGGACUGGUGGGACCCCUGGGCUGCUGUCUGCAUGGGGCUGGUGUCCUCCUGUGCUAG